AUUCAAGUAUUAUUUACAAUCUGGACGUCGAAUACCAAAUUCUUUUUCUUCAUCAUGGGACUUCCUAAAGUCCCAACUCUGAGCGUUGGCACAGAUAUUUGCCAAAUAUCUAGAAUCCUCGCGAUCCUGAUGAAUGAGAGUGGAUCUAAAUUUGUUCGUCGCAUUCUUACCGAAGAGGAAAUGAAUCUCGAGAGGGGCAAAUCGAUUCUUAGCGCCGUCUCUCACAAGCGACAUACAUUAAGGAACCCGUUGAAGUAUAAAGCAGAAUAUGGUAGAUCGUCUCAGUCAACUAUCAAAGCAUUGGAAAAGGCGGCCCAGUACAUGGCUGGCAGAUGGGCAGCGAAGGAAGCAGUUAAAAAGGCCUACACCGUCCGCAGGAUAAAUUUCCUUGAUAUCGAGAUCAAGUACGAGCCAGAGCUGAUUCAUGGCAAAAACGCUGGAAAGCGUCCCAAUCCGGAGCUUACCCCAGAGGAACCUUUGGACUUGGAGGAAACUCCCGAAACUCCUGAGACCCCUGAGAUUCCCGAAUCUCCUGAAUCUUCUGAAUCUGUUGACUCUCCUAAAAAUGAAAAGGAUACAUCAUUAUUGCUAGGAUUCAAACCUAUAUACACCAACUGGGGACCGCCAAUCGCCAUCAUUCUCGGCAAGGGCGUCUACGAAGAUCAAUAUGUGCGCAUUAGUAUUAGCCACGACGGAGACUACGCCAUAGCUUCAUGUGUGGUGGAUUUAACAGAACCAAAACGCUUGAAGAGCGAAGAGCCAGAUAAAAGUCAAACUGAAGCGGAUCAAGCCAAAAUCCAAGAUCCCUCUGUAUCCGGUAUAUAGGCUGGUUUAUCUUCUGGAUAUGUACAAGGGGGGCCUCAGACAAUGGGAACUUAGGUCUGGUACUGCAUUCCGGGCAGGUUGGGGAAGAUAUUGAAACUAGGGGAUAAAUGAAAAAUUCGGUAUUUUCACCUCAAAAUCACGGGGUUGCUAUCAGUAAUGGGGGCUGAGAACUGUAAAUACAAAGACACUGGUUAUAUACGGCACUUAAACCCCAGGCUUGAUGGAUAUGGCCUUUAUGCAUUCAUACAUAUGUAAGAAAUGCAAGACACAAAUAGUUAACAUCUUUUUCCCGCUCCUUUA